AUGACUGUGAUUACAAUCAGAGAAUUACUACUGAAUCGAGGAAGCGGUCGGAGGGCUACAGCGAUGGUCGGUGCUUCGAAUUCUAGUGGCGUUGUCAGUAGCUUGAGUUUCAAGAGACGGACACAGCACCCAGAGUUUUGGUAUCUUACUGGCACUUUCGAUGGGAUGAUCGUAGUCGGGACAAGAAGUGAGGAAUCAAUCAGAAUCGAGUCCAUGUACGAUGAUCCAAGAUGGCAAUGGAUGGCUUGGGAGGGCUGGGUAGGUCGUGUAUAUGCAGGGAACCGUCUUUGGUAUGCCCCAUUGUUCGGGAUGCUGCGAGGAGUCUGUGUACGUAGAUGGAAGGAUUACAAUGAUAAGUGUUGUAUGAGCUGCUGGAAAUCUAAGUACAUGCCAACCACAAUGCCGGGGUUUCCCGCUACAGAAGUGAUUGUGGAUGCAUCAGAUAUCAAUAUCUGA